AUGAAUCUUUACCUAAAUGUGCUGCACGAAAUAGAGGCGAUCCUUCAAAGGUGCAACGGAGACGUGUAUCAAAAGGUUCGAAAAAUAAUCGAGUACAUUCGGUCCAACUACAGGGAAGACCAGGACGAGGUACUCCCGCCGAAGAGGGACAAUGCUGCAAAGAAGAAGAGAGCCAAUUCGAGGAGGCGAGAUGAAAAAGACACGGGCGCGGCGAAACUGACGGCGAAGCAGACGGCCAAGCAGACGGCCAAACUCACAACGAAGCAGACGGCAAAGCUUAUGACAAAGCAGGGCGAAAACGCGAACAGCAUAAAGAACUACUUCAAAGUAGUGAAGAGGGAAUCUCCCCCUCCAAACCCAAAUAAUGCAGACACGCGCGCGGAAGAUGCCAACACGGAAGGAUCGUCCCAAAUGGAAAAGAAAAAAAAAAAAAACACCAUUCCACGGAUUAACACGUUCCUCUUCUACGGAAAUUAUAACAUUAUAAUAAUCAUAUACUACAUUAUACACAAAGUAAACCUCCAUAAUGAGGAGAACCUUUUUUCCAAUGGCAACCACCAUGGGGAAAGCCCAAAUGGAGGUGCCAAAGAUUUCAUAAUCCAUAGUAACAAAACCGUUACACACAUUAUGUGUCCUCAACUGAAGGACAACGACUUCAAAGGAUUGAACCAAGUAGUGAAGGAAAUACUAACGUACAAGUUGAAUUCCCGUCGCAUAUUCAUUGUAGAGUCCUUUGAUUCUUUGAAUGAUCAAUUUAGAAAAAUUUUUAUGCGAAAAAGGAGUAAAAGUAAAAAUCUCAUUUUCAUUCACAGCAGUGCUUCUUUGAAUGACAUUUAUUUAGCCAACUGUCUGUAUGUCCGAAUCCCCAAGCCAGAAAAAGUUCUGUUCAUUUCUCAUUUUUUACAUUUAUCUGAAGAGAAGUACAAAAUGGAUAUUCAUAAUAAGGAGAAGAAGGACUACGUCGAAAAUAUCAUAAAGAGUUGCAACUAUGACAUUUCGCUCAUCCUCAGCAUGCUGUACUUUAUCAAGGUUAAUAACUUCCCAGACUUGAAGAAAAUUAUGAAACUGAUUGUCAAUACGAAUAUAAAAAAGGUAGUUUGUAUCAUACACAAAUGUGUCAUUUCGAAAAGUUCCCUGUUCCUGAUUAGAAAUAUUUUCUAUUCCAUUUUGUAUACUUACAACUUUGAUAUGCACAACUUCUUGACUAUCUUUUGCAAACAAUUGAUUUCUUUCCAUAAAGAUGAUGAGAAUUAUAAGAAGGAGAUUUUCUCCUUGUUUUCAGAAUAUAGUUACUACUCUUCUUUACACGACAAUCAUAUUUGCUCCUUGGAGAGCCUCGCCUCCAAAGUUAUCCUCCUUGAGCAGAAGUACAUCACCACGUUGAACCCCAGCUCCCCCAUUUCCGAGGACAAGGACGAACUCAGUACCAGCUUUAAGUCCGAGCUCGCGUGA